AUCGAAUAAGUUCCUCAUAGAAAAUUAAAUGAAAAUGGCUACCGACGGCUUGCGAGUAGAUAAUCCACAGGAUACCAUAGAAGCACUUAGUCGGGAGGCCGAGAUGCUGAAGAAAAGACUCGAAGAUGAAAAACAAAAACUAAAAGACAUCGACAUGUGCAGGGCCACGAUGAAUAUAGAAAACACUGGUAUAAGCAAUUUUGUCAUGAAGCAAAGGAAGAUGUUGAAAGGACACCAUGGGAAGGUGUUAUGUAUGAACUGGUCGACUGACAAACGUCGUAUAGUGAGCUCUUCACAGGAUGGUAAAAUGCUGGUAUGGGAUGCCUUCACAACAAAUAAGGAGCAUGCGGUUACCAUGCCGACGACAUGGGUGAUGGCGUGUUCGUUUGGUCCUUCAGGAGAGGUUGUAGCGUGUGGAGGUCUAGACAACAAGUGCACAGUUUAUCCGGUGAGAGAAGAUGACCCCGCGGCCAAGAAGAAGGCAGUAGCUACACACACGAGCUAUCUCUCUUGCUGUACAUUUACAACCUCAGAUAAACAGAUUUUAACAGGAAGUGGCGACAGUACUUGUGCAUUGUGGGAUGUUGAGAGUGGUCAGCUGAUCCAGAGCUUCCAUGGUCACGCAGGAGAUGUGAUGAGUAUUGACCUAUCACCCUCGGAAACUGGCAAUCUAUUUAUAUCAGGGGGCUGUGAUAAGGCAGCCAUGGUGUGGGACAUGAGAUCUGGCGAAUGCGUACAGAUGUUUGAAGGACACGACUCGGACAUCAACAGCGUCCGUUUUUACCCGAGUGGCGACGCAUUUGCAACAGGAUCGGAUGAUGCAACAUGUCGCCUGUUUGACCUGCGAGCUGACAGAGAGGUGAACUGUUACAAGAAAGAUAGUCUAAUAAAUGGCUGUAACUCUGUCGACUUUUCCAUUAGUGGUCGACUUCUAUUUGGUGGCUACAACGAUUACACAGUGAAUGUCUGGGAUGUAUUAAAGGGAAACCGAGUGACGAUAUUGUAUGCACAUGAAAACCGAGUUAGCUGUCUCGGAGUCUCACCUGAUGGCACUGCUCUAUGUACCGGGAGCUGGGAUUACUCGUUAAAGAUAUGGGCUUAGACAUUUCUUUCAUACAAGAUUUGAUGGUGCAUCCAUGUUGAAUCUCUGGCCGUACCCAUUGAUCAGUCCUCAAUUCUCGCUCUGCGGUAGAAAUAACCAAAUUGCAACUGUCUACCGUCGCUCCGAUGGUACUUAUGUCGAGGAUUGUGUAGAGGCAUCAGUCUAAUGUUGAUGGUAUUUGAUGCCAAAUAAUUGACAACCAUCAUUGUUCUAACAUCAACUCAUUCACCCCUGAAGACACAUUUGAACUCUUCCAAUUCAAAGCUUGGAAUAGUUCAUCAUGAAAUUUCAGGGGUAGAUGCAUAAGUUUUUGAUGAGGAAUUGAGGACCAUCUAUGUACAAACACACCGAAAGUCUACAGGUACAAAUAAGUCAAUAAGCAGGUGUGGAUAGAAUUAACCCUUCCCUCACAUUGAACCCAUCAUCUGUGUCCUUUGACCCCAUAAUCUGUACCUUUUAACCCCAUGACCUUUGCCCUUUUAAAUAACCACUACCCUUCCUUUCUGAUGGCCCACCAUUCAAUAUUUUAUUUUUUUCAAAUUUAUACCUUGAUCACCAAGUUUUUCUGUAUAAGACGUUAUAUACAAGCAUUUCACGAGUGUGUGUUUUGUGAUUUUGACUUUUGUAAACAAGUUAUUCACCUGGUAUGAUACAACUCAUCUUGUGACCUUGAACUUUAUAAGAAAUAUAAAAUUCUCAACGAUUUUUUUUUUUUUAAGGAGUCAUGUGAUUAUGGCAUUUGUAACUAGAGAGUUGGAAGAUUUGUUUGUUAUUUUGAAGCAGUUCAAGUGUAAUAAACUUGAAUAAUUUUGCAAAGUUUUAAAUUGAAUGCUUGUAUUGACCUUGGUAUUCGGAUGAUCUCCAUACCUGUCAGAAUUCAAAACAGUCUUUUUACAGUUCUGGUACAGGUAAUAGAACCACUCCAGUGCGAGUUUGACGUUGUGAAGGUCGGAGUACCUCUGAUUUAUUCUAUACAGGUUUAUAAGUUGUAAAAUCUUUUAAAUGAGGGGUUUAUAUCUGUCUUAAUGUUUUUUUCUCUUUUUUUUUUAUUAUCUCAAUAGACUGUUCAACAGGUGUUGAAUAACGAGUUAUAUUUCUGACCUUGACCUAUAUGUUUGGGAUCAUAGACAGUUGUUAUUAGAGAGUGCCCCCUGACCUUUUCUUAUAAAAGAUCACAUUCAUUGUUGAUGAUUCACAGAUGUUGUAUUACGUUCAAAGUAAACAGAAACUGAAGUUUUUGCUAUACUGUACUUGGUUUGAUAUUCCAUAGCUAUCUGGUAUCACUAUAGUGUAUAAGUAAUCUGUAUAGCUAAGUAUUACAUUUAGAAUUUACAUCCUUCUGUAAUGAUUGCCAGUUCUACUGGACAGGUAUAUUAGAAUUUAACUGUGACAUGAUAUUUCUUUAGAAUGUGACGUUCACAACUUUCUGAUGACAAAAUGUCUGUCAUAAAUGCACAUCAUUAAGUUUAAAAAUAACAGAGCUAAAAACGUAAACAGAGGCAAACAGUUAAACAGGUAAUACAAGGGAUAUUCGCAAUUCUCUAAAAAUAAAAAAGUUUAUGAAAAUUAUGUUUAGGAAUAUGUUGCCGUACAUACUUUACUCGUAUAUUUUGUUAAGAGUUCCCUCCUUUGUUCGUUUUGCUUGUGAAUUUUCUUUUUAAAGUUAUCUCCCUUACAUAUUUUAUCAGUGAUUUGUGUU